AUGCCUCUUCCGACCGCGUCAGGUUCUUCUUCUUCAUCGUCCAAAUCCCAUCGGGACUCGAGAUCCACAACAACAACUGGGCACAAAACGUCGACCCUCAGUUCCUCCUCGUUCCCCCCUCGCACACCGACAAUCCAAGCACUCCAAGCACAACCACCAAAAAGACCGGCAAAAUGGACACCCAGACACGACGCCUUUAUCCGCGAACAGGCCCGCAACGGCGAAGACGCAGAGAGUAUCCGCAUCCUCUUCGAGGUCGAGUAUCCCGGCGUCAGUGUGAGUAAGGCGUGGGUCGUCGAGAGGAUCAAGGUCACCGCGGCGUCGGCGUCAGUCAGGACUAGGUAG